AUGUUACAUUUUAUUCGCCGUCGUGCUCUACUCAUGUGUACUUUAUCAGAAUUAAAAAUCGAAGAAGAUUAUUGGAAACAUGUUGCUGACGAAGCAAUGCCUACUGUAAGAUGGUUAUCUCAAGCAUCUAAAGAUAUAACGAAACGAAAUUCCAUUAACUGGGAUUAUCCUCGAACGGAACGCAACAUAAGACAUCGACAAAGAUUAAUUUAUAAUAAACUACAACAAGCAGAGGCGAACUUGAAGGUUCAUUUACAACAAAGUCCUCCAAAUGAAGCUCAAGCUACAUAUAAUCAAAUGCGUCAAAUUACAAAAGAAUUUCGUACACAAGCAAUAACAUUAUAUGUACAAUCAUUAGGUAGAGAAAAUGAAUUAUUAUCAAAUGAAAUUAAACGUAUUAUUGAAGGCUUUCCCCAAGAAAAUGAUGAGGGAUUUGAUGCUGAACCUGGACAUGCAGCAUUUAAACAUUAUCAUAAUUUACGAGAAAAAAGAUUAAAUUUAGAAGCUGAACAAUCGAUUCAUUUUUUAUCCGAAGAGCGAGUCGAGGGCGAUACAAACAAUCCGGAAGAACAUGAAUUACUAAAAUUAGAUCCUCGGUUUAUUUAUAAUGAUCCAAAAACGGCAUCUCGACGAUGUACAAUUGAAUUGGCUACUCUCAAACGAAAAAUCGAAGCUCUUUUCUUUGAAAAGAAAGUUAGCCCCGGUCGUCCAGUCGAACAAUUUAUUGCCGAAUUAGAUAUUUUACUUCAGAAAUUACAUGAUACCCCUGGAAAUCCUCGAAAAUUAAGAAACAUAUCAAAUCAAAAUAAUACUUAUGAUAAUUUAGUUUCUACUAUAGAAUCAAGUCAGUCUCAAGAUAUUAAUUCUCGAAUGACUAUUAAAAAGAAGAAAAAUUAUGGGCGAUUAAUUAAACGUUUAAAAUAUAAGCUUCAUUUGAAAAAUAUUGUUCUUCAAAAAUCUGAUAAAAAUAAAGUAUUCCACUUAGGUAAACUCGACGAUUAUCACAAAAAAUCAGAAGAAUAUAUGGAUAAAACAAAAGCCUACAAAUGCUUAGGCACUGAAGAUCCAUUACCUGAUCUGAUUCGUCGUACUAAUAAAUACUUAUUAGAUUUAAGAUUAGCCAAGUGGAUUACUCAAAAACAAUAUGAAAAAUUAUGUAUUAAUUCAAAUGAAGUUGAACUUGCUCAUUUGUAUUAUUUACCUAAGGCACAUAAACCUGGUACUCCUCUUCGUCCAAUAAUUUCUGGUCUUAAACAUCCUACAAUUAAAAUAUCAAAAUUUCUCGAUGAAUUACUUCGAUCUUUAUUCGAUAAAAUGGCUUUAAAGUCAACUGUAAAUUCUGGUUUCGAACUAGUGAAACAGUUACAAGAAUGGUCGAAAGAUA